UGGUCUGACUCAAUGAUCAGUUCAGGCAAAGUACACAAGAAAGGAUUGCUAGCUUGUUUUUGAGAGCUUUGACUAGAACAAAACAAAGGAACUCUUUAUGCAGCUCAGAAUGAUUUUAUACUAUCCUGAAUUUUGAUCCGAUUCAACAAGACAACUGGACACUUGUCUUGUUCAGUUUCAAAAGGGGCAGAAGUGACAGUGGUGGAUUUUUGAUAGUUAACCAAAACGGCAGUGGAAGAUGGUGCGUGCAAAAACAUGGAUCCUGAAGAAACACUUUGAGGGGUUUCCUAAGCAAAGCGAUUUUGAACUAAAAGUGGCUGAAUUACCACCACUGAAAGAUGGAGAGGUGCUGCUUGAAGCUGUAUUCCUCAGUGUUGAUCCCUACCUGAGACCAUACAGUAAGAUUAAAAUGAAGGAAGGGGACAAAGUUAUUGGCUCUCAAGUUGCAAAGGUUCUGGAAAGCAAGAAUCCCUCAUAUCCAGUGGGGUCAUACAUUGUUGCUCAGUCAGGCUGGACGACACAUUUCAUUUCUGAUGGCAAAGAUCUAUCAUUAAUGCCUCCCAGCUGGCCAAAAAAUCUUUCCAGAUCUCUGGCUCUUGGAACAGUUGGCAUGCCAGGGCUUACUGCCUACUUUGCCUUGUCUGAGAUUUGCCGCCUGAAACCAGGAGAGAUCAUCAUGAUAAAUGCAGCAGCUGGUGCUGUGGGCACUGUAGCAGGGCAGCUUGCUAAACUAAAGGGUUGCAAAGUGGUUGGCUGUGCGGGUUCUGAAGAGAAAGUGGCCUUCCUAAAAAAACUUGGCUUUGAUGAAGUCUUCAACUAUAAGACAGUGGGGUCCCUGGCAGAGGCCCUGAAGAAAGCUUCCCCAGAGGGCUAUGACUGCUACUUUGAUAAUGUGGGAGGAGCGUUUUCUACCGUUGUUCUGAACCAGAUGAGAAAAUUUGGGAGAAUAGCUGUGUGUGGCAUGAUCUCAUUGUACAAUGACAAGGAACCCCAGCAAGGACCUUACAUCCAGUGGCCAAUCCUCAUGAACCAACUGUGUAUGGAAGGUUUCCUGGUCCAACGCUGGGAAAACAGGAAGGAGGAAGGUCUGAACGCUUUGUUGAAACUGGUGGUAGAGGGAAAACUAAAGUGUCCUGAACACAUCACUGAAGGAUUUGACAACAUGCCAGCAGCAUUCAUGGGAAUGCUGAAAGGAGAAAACACUGGGAAGGCAAUAGUAAAAGCUUAACUGUCUCAUACUCCUUCCUCCAAAAAAGUCAGCAUGAUACAUGCCUGACCGCACCUUCUCUAAUUGCAGACAGCCUUCUUGCCAGAAACGCAUUCAUGAAUACACAAGUCACCUGUUAGUUAAAAAAAUCAGAGUAUAAUUUGAUGGUGGUAAAAACCUGAUGAAAACAGGUUUCUCACAUGAUUUCCAAGGACCAAACUAGAUGUGAAAGAAGCAGAUACAUGGCUUUAAAAACUAUUUGAUGUAACUAUGCAGUAGCCCCAUUUUAAUAAAAGGCAAGUAGUGAA